AUGAUUAGAUCGCGCAGCAGCUCUCACGCUGAACUGGUUCCAGGGACCGACGAGUUCAGAAUUUCGGGCUCGUCACGUGUCACCGUCGUGUCCGAAACGUCGAACUCAACCCACGUGACGUCCACCGCGACCUCUGACGUCGCACGCGAGUUGACAGGACCGGGCCUUACUGACGACCGCUCAACAGCUGUCUUAACCAAUGAACAGUCGCUGACCCCAGUGCCAGUGCCCGUCACGCAGGUCAGGCGGAUCUCCAUGCCCGCCACGUAUACUGUCUCAGAAACCAAAAAAUUGCCAGAAACGUCAUUGACGGCCCCUGAGAAAAUCGUGGUGGAGAAGACGAC